AUGAAAUCAAUUCAAAAAUUACAAAAAACAUGGUUAAUUUCUGGAAGUUCAAAAGGUUUAGGAUUCUCUUUAUUAAUAAAAUUAUUAAAAUCUGGUUUUAAUGUUGCAGCAUUUACAAGAAAUAAAGAAACUAUUGAACAAUCCAUUAUUGAAUUUGAAAAUGAUGAAAAUGAUGAAAUCAAAAUUGAUAAAACCAAUUUAUUAAUAAUACAAGUUGAUAUAACUGAUAAUGAAAAUGUAAAGAAAUCAAUUGAUCAAGUUAUUGAAAGAUUUGGAAGUAUUGAUGUUGUUACCAAUUGCGCAGGGUAUGGAUUAUUUGGAGCAUUUGAAUAUUGUAGUGAACAAGAAGUGUUUAAACAAUUCCAAGUGAACCUUUUUGGUACUUUUAAUGUUGUAAGAAAUUCAAUACCACAUUUAAGAAAUAAUAGUAAUAAUACACUUGGACCUAGAAUCUACAACAUAUCAUCCAUAUGUGGAUUCUUUUCAUCAUUUGCUGGAAUAUCAAUGUACAAUUCGUCAAAAUCAGCAAUUGAUGGAUUUUCAGAUAGUUUGAAUGCAGAAUUACGGGAAAAGAAUAUACAUGUCACUGUUGUGAAUAUCGGUGGUUUGAGAACAUCGUUUUUGAAAGCAAAUGGUGAUAGUGUUUUGGCAAAGGAUAAUGACAGGGAUACCUAUAGAAGUGCAACAGAUAUCAUUGAUAAACAUUUCAAUGAAAUCAAUGGUAAUCAAUUAGGUGAUCCAAAUAAAGUUGCAGAUAUCUUAAUUUCAAUGGCUAUUAAUAAUACAGAACCUCCAAUGCAUUUAUUCUUAGGUUCAGAUUCAAUUUGUUUAGCUCAAUUAAAAUUAAAAUUAUUAUCUGAAGAAAUUGAAAAAUAUAAAUCAUUAUCAACUUCAAUUGAUUUUAAUAAUUCUAAACCAUUUGAACUAAGUCAUUAUAUAUCUUCAAAAAAAUAA